GGACCGUUCUCGGACUGGCAGGAAUACUCCACCGUUGAGCGGAUUUCUGCCGACAGCCAUGGCUGGUUGAGUGGAGCUAUCCGAGCGAUGUCGGCAAACCGGCCAACUAGGCGCAGGGACCACCGCAGGGCGGGUGGAUUUCAGAGAGAAGAAACGACCCGCGAGCACGAAAAUAUUCGGAAGGUUGAAUGCUCACCCGCAAACGGAUCUAUUGUCCCGACCGAUCCUUUUGAAAUGGGUGAUCAGAUCAAUCGGACUUGA